UUAAUAUGAGAUAAGAAUAAUUGGAAUAGUUAAUAAAUCUGAAAUAGUAUUAGGUCAAUUGUAAUGAUGAUCCUAACUUUGAUCUAUUACCGAUUUAACCAACUUAUAAAGAGGAAAUGGAUAAAGAAGUGAAAAAGCUGGAAUAAUAAUCUCUUUUUGUAGAUUCUUUAGAUGUUGAUAUUCCAAGCCUUAAAAAGAAUAGAGAAGAAAAAAGAUUAAGGAAAAUGGCUAAAAUGUAAUAAUUAACAGAUGGUUGGUUUGGAAUGAAAUCUCAAGAUUAAGAUGAAACAAUGAAAUAAGAAUUUUUGAUUAUGAAAUUAAAAAAAUAUCUAGAUCCAAAAUAACCAGUUAAAUCUAGUGAUUUUAAAACUAUGCCUAAAUAUUUUUAAGUAGGAACUUAUGUUGAUGGAAUGGGUAUUAAAUAUAUUAAUUUUUUAGAUAAUUAUAAUAUAAAAAAGAAAAAGAGAAAUCAGAGUGAUUUGAUUGAUCAAUUUUUAGAAUAUGAUAAAGAGAAAUAAACAACAAAAAACUCAUUUUAGAAGAUUUAACAAAGAUAGUAAAGAAUUAGUAAAGUAAAUUCAAAAUUAAGAAAAUUAAAGAGAAUGGCAAAAUCUAUCGGAAAAAAAAAUAAAUGA